UCAAUCUCCCUUUACAGAAAGUCAAUAAUAUUUUACCAAAUUGUUGUAUGGAGGGGAAAGUAAGUAGUGUAAGAGAAUAAAAGUCAAAAAUGCCUGGUGCCUGUUGUAUAAAUAAUACAGGUUAAAUCAAUCUCCCUUUUGGCCAUCACAUUUUUUUCAAAUAAAUAAAGGUGGAGGAAGCAUAGAAAGAAAAGCAAGACCAAAAAGGACAAGGAGACAAUAAUGGUUAAAGCAAGAGUCUUCUUCUUCUUCUUCAUAUUGGUGGCUGUAGUUUUCUUACAGCUGCUUUCCUCAUCAAUGGUGAGAAGCGAUGCUGCAGGUUCAUCCGUUAAGUUUCUUCCGGGAUUCGACGGCCCUCUGCCGUUCCAACUUGAAACCGGGUAUAUUGGUGUGGGAGAGUCCGAAGAGGUACAACUCUUCUACUAUUUCGUCAAGUCAGAGUCUGAUCCCAAAUCCGAUCCUCUCUUUCUUUGGCUCAACGGAGGGCCUGGUUGCUCAGCCCUUUCUGGCCUCAUCUAUGAGAUCGGUCCCAUUACAUUUGAACCGUUGGAGUAUAAUGGAAGCCUUCCCACAUUGAUUUCACACCCAUAUUCCUGGACAAAGGUGGCAAACAUAGUUUUUCUGGACUUACCGGUGGGUACAGGAUUCUCUUAUGCAACCACGCAAGCUGCUCAUCAGUCAAAUCCUACUAUGGCUUGCCACCACGCACAUGAAUUUCUUCUAAAGUGGCUAAAUGAUCAUCAAGAGUUUAUUUCUAAUCCGUUCUAUGUUACGGGUGACUCCUAUUCAGGCCAACUUGUUCCUAUUAUCGGUCAACUCAUCUCACAAGGGAACGAAAAUGGAAUUAGUCCCCAAAUCAAUAUGAAGGGCUAUAUACUUGGUAAUCCAUUAACGUUUCCGCUAGAAGCUAAUUACAAGUUCCCAUUCGCACAUGGAAUGGGGCUUAUUUCUGACGAGCUUUUCGAGUCACUGAAGAAGAAUUGCGAGGGAGAAUCGUUUUUAAACAUAAACCCAGAAAACGUGAAGUGUUACAACAAUUAUCAAACAUUCAGGCUGUUGACUGACGGAGUAAAUGAGAAUCAGAUCUUAGAGGCUCAAUGCGAAGAAAGCAAUUUGUUAAUGCCCAUCCAAAAGGAGUUUGGUCGAUCAAGGUUACUCCUUGAGAAGUCUAAAAAUAUCAUCGGUCUUGAUGCACUUCCUUUUGUGAAAUGUCGGUCAGAUUGGUAUGACUUGUCUAAGUAUUGGGCUAAUGACGAAAGCGUUAGAGAUGCACUCCACGUAAGAAAGGGAUCUCUUGAGAGGUGGAGUAGAUGCAACAAAGAAUUGGAUUAUGUAUUCACAAGAUAUGACGUGAUUCCAUAUCAUCUAAACCUUAGCAUUAAAGGCUAUAGAUCACUUGUUUACAGCGGAGAUCAUGACUUUGUCAUAGCCUUCCUUUCAACACAAGCAUGGAUACGAUCUCUAAACUAUUCUAUUAUUGAUGAGUGGCGACCAUGGAUGGUUGAUGACCAAAUUGCAGGGUACACAAGAAGUUAUUCAAAUAAAAUGACAUUUGCAACUGUGAAGGGAGGCGGCCAUACUGCACCUGAGUAUAAACCCAAUGAGUGUUUGGCAAUGUUGAGAAGAUGGCUUUCUUAUAGAUUACUUUGAUUGUUUUAAAAAUGAUGUAUGGAAAAGUACAAAAUCAUGUAACAUUUGGGACUCUAUUGAAUACAAUAAAGUACGGCACUAAAGUCGUUGUGUGCCUUAAAAUAAAUUCAAUACUUGCACUUAUACGUAAGAUAGUUUAGUAAGGAUCGUAUCCACAAGGAAAAGAUCGAAAUCUUUCUUACCAUUAAAUUGUAAAAAGGGGGAUUUAGAUUGUUGUUGAACAUAGAAGUAUUUAAACACUAAAAUGAACGACUUAUGUAUUAUAAAUUAAUAGAGAUGGAGACU